AUGCGUGAGAUUAUCAGUCUCCAGCUCGGCCAGCUGAGCAACUAUGCGGCCACUCACUUCUGGAAUGCUCAGGAAUCAUAUUUCACGUAUUCGGCGGACGAAACGUCACCCGUGGACCAUAAUGUUCACUGGAGAGCUGGCGUAGGCGCUGAUGGCUCCGAAACAUUUCUCCCACGGACAGUCAUCUAUGACCUCAAAGGCGGCUUUGGCUCUCUGCGCAAGAUCAAUGCCCUUUACGAGGCAGAGUCGGAGGUUGAUGCGGCCUCUCUAUGGUCAGGCCAAUCUGUCGUCCACAAGCAGACGCCCAUCGACCCCAGCGCCUACCAGCAAAGCCUGGACGCAGGCACAGAACCUCCCCAACUGACGACGUCCACUGUGAGAUACUGGUCUGACUUCUCCCGCGUCUUCUUCCACCCUCGGUCUCUGGUCCAGCUUUAUGACUUUGAGCUCAACUCCACAACCAUGCCCUUUGAGCGCUUCUCCAUGGGCACUGAGCUGUUCUCCGUCCUCGACAAGGAGCAUGAGCUCGUGGACCGAGACUUUCGACCCUUUGCGGAGGAAUGCGACCGGUUACAAGGGAUUCAGGUGUUUACCACCAUCGACGACGCUUGGGGUGGCUUCUCGUCCUCGUAUCUUGAGUCGCUGCGGGACGAGUUCCCCAAGUCCUGCAUCUGGACCUGGGGUCUGCAGAGCCCCCUGCUCGACAUCCCCAGAGCCAAGCGCCAGUUGCGACUGGCAAACCUGGCCCAUAGUGUUGAGCAACUUUGUACCCAAGCCUCGACUCUGGUUCCAUUGGCUCUGCCCGAAGGUGACUUGUCGGCCGGCGUGUCGAUGGAUCGCCGCUCAGCAUGGCACACAUCUGCUCUUAUGGCGGCGGGAAUAGAGACUGCUACUCUGCCAUCGCGUCUGUCACAGGGCUCUGUUGAUCAGCCCGCUUCUCUAGAUGACUUGGCCGAGAGUCUUAAUGCGGCUGGCAACCAGCCCCUGGCGAGCAUGCACAUGUCUCUGGCAACCACAAAAGAUGCGCCCGAAGACAGCCGCAUCGAUGUCGACUUCUUCCAAGUAGGACGGCAGUGGAAUAGGCAGCAUGUUCAACAACGGGAUACGCACAAGCACAUAUUUGGCGCAAUCCUGUCUUGCCGAGACUUGGAUCCUCUGGAGAAUGCAGACCAGGAUGAAGCUGGACACCUCGGUCAAGGUGAACGCCCAAUCAUUGGCAACCCCGUUGUUCGCAAAUACGAUUCAUCUCUCCGGUUCCCUCUGCUAGAUGCCUACCCGCAGAUCUAUUCUCGAGUCGCAGGGCAACCCAACAUUGGUGUGCAGACCACCCUUUCCACCAACAGCUCCAUGGUACAGCGGAUCAGGACAUUGCGGUCCGAAUCGGCACGGCUCGUGGCGCUCAACGAAAGAGAAGACUUGAGUAACGGACUGGCUGAGCUUGCAGACGCCUACCAGGAAGGUUGGUUCAGUGGCAGCGAUGAGGACGACGACGAUCUGUGA